ACACUCGACGCUAUCUCACUCGUUGCCAUAGCUUGCUCUCUCUGCUGCUCUGUGAAGCAAAUCCCAACUCCCAAGUCGAGAUGAGUUUGGCUAUCAACCAUUGCGGCAGUUACAGCAUCAAUUCUUUCACUACUUCAAGCUGCAAGCAUGGCUGGAAAACUAGUCAUGGUAGAUAUAUGGUGCCCGUCGGAGCGCUGAAGAGACAUUCAACACCUCAGGAUGUUGGCCAAGAUUUGGCACCAUUGGCAAAGAUUAAUGAUGGAAGCAGGAGCUUUCAAAUCAAGACAGUUGUGAAUGCCAUAGCAGUGGGAAAUUUGGUCUUCACAGACAUGGCAAAGGCUGUAACUACGGGGAAUAUCCUAGAAGGUGCUGUAUCAAUUUAUGACAUUGCUGAAGGAGGAGCUGGAGAUUGGUUUGGAGGCUUCCUUUUUACCACUGGACAACAAGCUAAUGAAGCUGUUCAAGACCAGUUAUCAGCUCUCAGUUUCUCCAGUUUGGCAGUUAUUUUUGGUGCCGGGCUUGUGACUAGCCUUUCUCCUUGUACUCUCAGUGUUCUACCUCUGACCCUUGGUUACAUAGGAGCAUUUGGUUCAGGGAAAAGCAGGGCACAGGUUAUUGGGGAUUCAAUUGCCUUCUCAUUGGGAUUGGCAACUACACUUGCACUCUUAGGCAUUGCAGCCUCAUUUGCUGGGAAGGCAUAUGGACAGACAGGGCAGGGAUUACCUGUGGCCGCUUCAGGUUUAGCUAUUGUUAUGGGCUUGAAUCUUCUUGAGAUAAUUGAACUACAGCUGCCGUCCUUUUUUGACAACUUUGAUCCCCGGGCUGCUGCUGCUAAUUUUCCAUCAAGUGUGCAAGCAUAUCUAGCUGGACUUACAUUUGCUUUAGCUGCCUCUCCAUGCAGUACACCAGUGCUGGCCACUCUGCUAGGAUAUGUAGCUACAUCCAAGGAUCCAUUUAUAGGAGGCAGCCUAUUGUUGACGUACACAACUGGUUAUGUUGCUCCUCUACUUCUUGCUGCUUCUUUUGCUGGAGCAUUGCAGAGGCUGCUUUCGUUUCGCAAAUUUUCAGCAUGGAUCAACCCAAUCAGUGGUGCACUUCUAUUGGGAGGGGGAGUGUAUACUUUCUUGGAUCGGCUUUUCCCAGCUACUACAAUGGCAAUGUAGAAUCUGCUACAUGAGAAAAAGUGUGGAAUCACUUGUACAGGAUGUAAUGAUGUGUAGUUAACUAAUAUCGUAGUGUUUGAUGUCUCCUUCUCUGAGCCGGUGCUUUCUAUAAAGCUGAAAUACAAAACUAGGGUGAAACAAAAGUUAUUUCUGUAUAGCACUCUGAAUUCUGAUUUAUAAAUGGAAGAAAGAUUUGAAUGAG